UCCAGAGCCAUCACAGGCUUGGAGGGGACAGUCUGUGACCAAGGCUGCUGCAUCCCCCUCCCUGGAACCCGACUCCCUGCCCAAGUAUGAAACUCGUACUCUCGACUGUGCUGUCCUUCGGGAUAGUGGCUCUGUGUUUUGCUGCUCCCCCCAAGGCGAUCGUCAGAUGGUGCACAAUAUCCUCACCAGAAACGAACAAAUGCAACACCCUGAAGGACCUCAUGCAACAAGAGAGUGUUGCAUUGAGUUGCCUGCAGAAAGCAACAUACCUCGACUGCAUAAAAGCCAUUUCGAAUAAUGAAGCAGAUGCCAUUAGCCUGGAUGGUGGCCACAUUUUCGAGGCAGGCCUUGCACCCUACCAGCUGAAGCCUGUUGCUGCUGAGGUCUAUGAACAAACUGGAGGUUCCGCAACCAGCUACUAUGCAGUGGCCGUUGUGAAGAAAGGAACAGACAUCACCAUAAAUAACUUGCAGGGCAAGACCUCCUGCCACACAGGCCUGGGCAGAUCUGCUGGCUGGAAUAUCCCAAUUGGCACCCUCCUUCACCGGGGAGACAUCAAGUGGGAGGGCAAAGACUCAGGCUCCAUUGAACAAGCGGUGGCCAAUUUCUUCUCUGCCAGCUGUGUGCCUGGUGCCACCACCGAACAAAAGCUGUGCCGCCAGUGCAAGGGGGAUGCCAAAGUCAAAUGCUCCCGCUCAGCGCCUUAUUCUGGCUACUCUGGGGCUUUCCAAUGUCUGAAGGAUGGAAAAGGUGAAGUGGCUUUUGUGAAACACACAACUGUUCAAGAAAAUGCCCCGGGGGAGAAGGAUGAGUUCGAGCUCCUGUGCCUGGAUGGCAGCCGCCAGCCUGUGGAUAACUACAAAUCCUGUCACUGGGCCAGGGUGCCUGCUCAUGCUGUGGUGGCACGAGAUGACAGCAAGAUCGAGGACAUCUGGAGCUUUCUCUCAAAAGCACAGGAGAAAUUUGGUGUGGGCACAACCAGCAACUUCCAUCUCUUUGGGCCACCUGGCAAGAAGGACCCAGGCCUCAAAGACUUGCUUUUCAAGGACUCGGCUGUCCAGCUGAAGCGCAUCCCAUCAAUGAUGGAUUCCCAGCUCUACCUGGGCUAUGAGUAUUACAAUGCCAUCCAGAGCCUUCAGGAAGAUGAUCUGAACUCCAACCGCAGAGAAAACAAGACCCGGUGGUGUGCAGUGGGCAAGAAUGAGAAGAGCAAGUGUGACCUCUGGAGUGUGAUGAGCAAUGGGGAUGUGGAGUGCACCGUGGCAGACAACACCAAUGACUGCAUCAUUAAGAUCAUGAAAGGUGAAGCAGAUGCUAUCAGCGUCGAUGGAGGUUUUGUCUACACUGCUGGUGUGUGUGGCUUGGUGCCAGUGAUGGGAGAAAACUACGAUGAUUACAGCCAAUGCAGCAAAGCAGGAGGAGAACCAGCAUCCUACUUUGCUGUGGCUGUCGUGAAGAAAUCUGACAGUGGCAUCACCUGGAAGAACCUGCAGGGCAAGAAGUCAUGCCAUACUGCUGUGGGGAGAACUGCUGGCUGGAACAUCCCUAUGGGCUUGAUCCACAACAUGACAGGGAACUGCAAUUUUGAUGAAUACUUCAGUAAGGGCUGUGCUCCUGGGUCUCCCCGCAACUCCCGGCUCUGUGAACUCUGCAAAGGCUCAGAGGGGGUCCCACCUGAGAAGUGCGUUGCCAACAGCCAUGAGAAAUACUAUGGGUACACUGGAGCCUUACGGUGUCUGGUCGAGCAGGGUGAUGUGGCCUUUAUUAAGCACACAAUCGUUGAAGAAAACACUGAUGGCAAAAAUAAAGAAGACUGGGCCAAAGGUCUGAAGAUGGACCAGUUUGAGUUGCUGUGCACUGACGGCCGACGGCAGAACGUCAUGGCUUACAGGGACUGCCACCUGGCCAAAGUUCCUACCCACGCUGUCAUCACACGUCCUGAGAAAGCCAAAAAAGUCCGUGAGCUGCUGGAGAGGCAAGAGAAACUCUUUGGAACAAAAGGAGUGGCAAAUGACAAGUUCAAGAUGUUUGAGUCUCAAACCAAGGACCUUCUCUUCAAAGACUUGACCAAGUGUCUGAUCAAACUCCGUGAUGGAAUAACAUACAAGGAAUUCCUUGGAGAUCAAUACUAUGCUUCAGUAGCUAGCCUCAACACCUGCAAUCCAUCAGAUCUCCUCCAGGUGUGCACCUUCCUUGAGGAAAAGUAGUGAGAUGUGAAGGACCCUUGCUGGAAGGGAAGGAAACCUCAAGCCAUGACUCCUCCUGUGCCCUCAGCACCAAACACCGACCCACAGAGGGCCCUUUGCCUUCACCGCUUUUUCUGCCCUUCCUCAUCACUCUGAAAGUGGCUGUUUGAGACUUUACUGUUCUCUACUGCUAUCACAGCAAGAAAUAAAAUCUCAGAUCUAAA